CUCAUCGUCAGCGAUGUCUAGCUUCAAGAAUCUCAUUCUCGCAUAUCUGGUACUGUCUGUCGGCGUGUCUGCUGCUCCGAAGAAGACAAAGUUCAAUUGGCAUGACACCAAGUACAUGCUAGCAUUUGGCGAUUCAUACACAUACGUGCAAGGCACUGCUGGUCACGUAAACUCGACUUUCACCGGCGACUACUUUGACUUUUCGUUCACCGAAAAUGAACUGUUGAACAACAAGAUAGUCCAGAACCAGGGUGGACCAAAUUGGGCUGAGUACCUCACAGGCUGUGGUGUUAAGCCAGACCUUACCUCACCACUCUCAUGCAAGACGCAGCUCUGGGAUUUUGCCUUCGGAGGUGCAGAUAUCUCGAUCAAA